AUGGCGGCCGAACACUAUGGAGCGAGACUCCUCGAAGAAGUGCAAGAAGAGAGUUUAGAAAAGUUUCUAGCCGACCUCAGAAACAUAACGUGUCCGCAGCCACGAGCAGUAUGUGGCGUGCCGCAGCUGGAUAUACUGUUAGAAGCAGUCCGUUAUCCUGCAGAGACGACGCCACAACGUCCAGCAUGGCUGUCGCCAGAACGUCACGACAGCGACAGCGAGCGCGAGGGUCAGCAGGAUGCAGACAUUAGCCUUCAUGGACGAUAUGUCGAGCCAGCCCUGGAUCCGUCCAAAGCUCAGGCCAAGGCCAAGCCAGCCACGAUCGAGCUCACCAGCACGACGAGCGCCUCCGGAAAGACGACCCUCCUGUCCUACUUGGCUGCCGUCUCCGUGCUGCCCAGGCGGGCGGGCGGCAAGGGGUCAGUGGUAGUGUAUAUUGAUGGGGACGGCCGCUUGUCUGCCAGGCGACUCAAACAGAUUAUGUACCAUUACAUCUGCCAGCAGCGGCAGCAACAACACCAAGAGUCCAACCAGCAGUCCAUCAACCCAGACAAUAGCAAUACCUCACCUCUCAACCCCGAGGCUAAAGUUGACGUAGCCGCCGACCUCGACGUCAACAUCAACGUGACCAUCCAAGAAGCCUUACACCACGUCCACGUCUUCCGUCCGCAAUCGUCUGCCCAAGUCCUCUCCAUCCUUUCCAAUCUGGAGACCUACCUCCUCGACACUCUCCAUUCCCACCGCCCUCUCGGCGUGGUCAUCAUCGACGGGACAGCGGCAUUCUACUGGCAAGACCGCUUCGACCGGGCGAUGGCCCGCCUCGAAACGCCCGGCGGACAGAGCACCCAAGCCCAAGGAAAAGGACUCAGCAUGACGCAGACGCUCCGGAUCAUCGAGCGGCUGAAACGUCUGCAGGCAAAGUUUGAAUGCGCCGUGCUGUUCAGCACGACCACCGUGCCCCCAGCGGCUCCUCCUUCCGUACCCGUGUCGGAUGCCCGCGUGACGCCUGCUGGGCCUCCUGCAGACAAUGGACGCAGUAUAUCACCCUGGACCGGGUAUGCGGCGUUGACGCUCUCGCUUGCGAGAACACCCGUCGCGCGGUUCACGCCGCAGAUGGGAAUCGAGGAGUGCGUGGCAGUUAGGGAGCGACGGUUUGAGGCCAUGAGACAGGGGCGGUUCACUGCCGUGGUGCAGAGCAUGAAGAGUGUCGAAGGGGUGAGACCUGCUGGCGUGACCGUGGCUGGAUUUAGAUUCAAUAUAACGGAGCAGGGUGUUGAGGUGGGAUGGAUGGACGGAUGA